AUGUCGGGCACAAAAACAAGUGAUACGAUGCCAAAGAUGGGGCAUGUGACGGAUUUAAGGGAGCAAUGGCUGGUGCGUGCUGACGGUGCUUUAGCACAUCAUCUUCAAGACCGUGAAAUAUCGUCACAUCUAUGUGAAAACAGGUACCGCAAUCAACAGAUUCGUGAGGACUUCCCAGUGGCUUUAAAUGAGCAAAGGGAUAUAGAACAUGAGGUGCAUUUGCAUGAACUUUCACGUCGACGACAAGCUGAAAUCGAUGCUGAAAUCGCUCGAGAAAUGGCAGAAAUUAAUAUACGUCGACAACGUCGCUAUCCCGCUCAAGAUGCACUUCCACCCACACCUCAACCGUGUUCAUCAAAGGCUCCUGCACCACAAUCGCCAGACAUAGAUCCAGAGGAAUUAGGUCUGUCUGCAUCUGAAAUAGAGGAGAUGAGAAAACGCAUUGAACAGGAAGAAAGAGAUGCAAGACUGGCAAGAGAACUGAGUCAAGAAAGCCAAGGUCACGAUGCUCUUCUGGCUGAUAUGAGAUGUGCUGUGGAGGCUCAAGAUGGUGAACUAGCCAGAUUGUUACAGGAAAGAGAGUAUAAAAAAUUACAAAGGGCUAAAGAGAAAGCAAGGCAAAAAGCUCUUCUUAAAAAACAACAAAGGCAAGCAAUGCUACAGCAAAUGCCCCUCCCAGAACCUCCACAAACUACACUAUGUGAUGCCUACAGCAACCCUAGAGAUAUGAUACGAGAAAAUGGUCUAAGACUUUGUAAAUCAGUAGACUCGGACCUCAAUUAUGUGGAACCAUUUGAAAAAGAACAUAUUCAGUCAAAAGAACAUGCCUUGUUAUCCAAAGAAUUAUCAAAGCAAUAUUUUAUUAAUGAAGCAGCAACAACAUCAAACAUAAAUUUAAAUGUAUCUCAUAAGCAUUCAAAAUCUUUUGAGUCUAAUAGAUCCAGUAACUCCGGUUCCCUCAAUACCUCAAUUCACCAUAGACAUCCACCUCCUCCACCAUCUACUGGUAAGAAGCCUCGCUUUCCCGAUCCUGUAAGCAUCAGACCAGCAUCUCAUUACCCUACAGAUAAUGUACUGUCAGGAAAUGAUAAUCCUAAUACCUCAAUGUCACAUAGUCUCAGUGAAAGUAGUACCCUAUACAGCUCCACUUAUCCUCCCGACCAUUCAAUAGCUUCACAAAAUUUUGAAAGGCCAGAUCAGUCGAAAAGACUGUCUGUUAUAUCUGACAUUACCGCUGAAGGCCUCGCCAAAAAGAAAAGUAAGCAAGCUGAUAUGCAAAAGAAGAAGAAAGGAUGCAAAAUACAG